CCACUGACGUCAAGACGGUCUGGCGCAUCAAGGCCACUUUCAAAAUCCUAUUGGUCUGAAAAUCACAUGACAAAGCACCUUGAAUCCAUAAUUAUGUUGCUGAUAUUUUUCGCCCCCCCCCCAAAAGAUGUCAGCUUCCUACUGUCCUUAUCCACUCCAGCGUAAAGGAGAUUGUUUUGAAUCAAAAGCAAAACAAGGCAAGUAGCAAAAUGUCAUGCCCGAACAACGUGGCAGCCAACACAUUCCUGAUGGACUCGCUGGUGGGAAGAACAUCUCCUUACAGAGGUGAGAGCUAUUCCACUAACUCUGGAAUGUACAUGCAAACGUCUGCAGAAUAUGGUUGCUCCAUGAUGGGUAGUUUCGGUAUUGUUGGUACUCCUCUCUCCAAACGGGAUGAUGUGCAACCGAAUGGGAUGCAUCUCAGCAGUUACCAGCACUCACAUUACCUGUCGCAGCAGGACACUUGGAUCGCAGACUCUAAAACUUACAGAGGCUCACAACCUGUUGCCCAGCCUCCGUGUUCAGAGGAAGAGGAAGCGAUUCCUUGUCUUUACCAGCCUGAUAUCGACAGCGCUAAAGAGUCCGCUAAGAAAUCCACCUACAUCCGUCUGGGAGACAAUAACAGCCACCCGAAUCAAAGCGCCGUCUCCACCCCCGAGUAUUUCCGACGGAGCCAGGUGUACGCCAGUGAAAGGGACCACCGGGGAGAGGAGCUCGGCUCGGACUUUAACCCAAUACCCAGAAUAUCCACGCCUGUUGAAGCACUAGCAGCAGAUUCAUAUAUCAAAAGCAGCAAAGCAAGGAAGGACCCAGAAGACAAGGGACGGAAUACGCAGGAAGACGACAUGGAUCAGAGACGGACAAGAAAAGAGGAGAGUGUCUUAAAAACAGACAGUUGUACUGAUGAGUCCGAGAGCGAAUUGAAAGAUGAGGCUAAAUUGGAAAAAACAACGGGGAACUGGCUACAAGCGAAAAGUGGAAGAAAGAAGAGAUGUCCUUACACAAAGCAUCAGACGCUUGAGCUGGAGAAGGAGUUCUUGUUCAACAUGUACUUGACUCGAGAGCGCCGUCUGGAGAUCAGCAAGAGUAUCAACCUCACAGAUAGACAGGUCAAGAUCUGGUUCCAAAACAGAAGGAUGAAGCUAAAGAAGCUCAACAGAGAAAGUCGCGUCCGAGGGCUUACAGGCUAUAGUUUCAACUGAGCGCUUCAGACAGACAAAGGAAAAAUA